AUGAAGGAAGCCAGACCCUUACAGAACAAGGAGGGGAAGCCUAAAUCAAAUCAGAAAGCUGUUCGGCAUAACCCUGGAGUGAUUGGAACACCUACAAUGUCUCAGGCUCGUCGUCCUAAACUUGGAAUCAAAAGCUGUUAUGUUGCAAGAUGUUAA